UGCACACAUACACACAGACACACACAGAGACACAGACGCGCGCGGACAAAACCACACACCCCUCCUUCCUGCAUCAUAGUCUGCUGCUACCAUCACACGUUCACGUAAUACUCCCGUGAACAAGCUGACUUGUUGGAAAUGCUAGAGGAUCCUAAAUCUGUCUGCAACCAGGCUGGCUGUAAAAUCAGUGGAAGAAAAAGUGAAGCUGCAACAGGGAAAAUAUUAAAAUAUUAAACAGUGGAUUGGAUUGCAUUAUCCUACCAGUUUACCUAACUGAAGGUUGUCUUGUGGCAGGUCAUUCCCUGGCUAUAGGGCACGAGCUGCCAUGCCAUUUGGUUGUCUGACACUCGGGCAGAAGAAGGAUUACAACAAUCCCUCAGAUGUGGCCGACAAAUAUGACCUCGGACAAAUUGUUAAAUCGGAGGAGUUUUGUGAGAUAUUCCGAGCGAAGGAUAGGAACACCUUGAAAAUGUCCACCUGUAAAAAGUUCCACAAAAAGGACGGAAGGAAAGUGAGGAAAGCGGCCAAGAAUGAGAUAAUGAUCUUAAAGAUGGUGAAACAUCAUAACAUCCUCCAGCUGGUUGAUGCUUUUGAAACGAAGAAAGAGUACUUCCUUUUUCUGGAGCUCGCUACAGGCAGGGAGGUAUUCGACUGGAUCUUAGAUCAAGGAUACUACUCUGAGAGGGACACCAGCAAUGUUAUGAGGCAGGUGUUGGAGGCUGUAGCUUACCUGCACUCUCUGAAAAUUGUCCACAGAAAUCUGAAGCUGGAGAACUUGGUGUACUUCAAUCGUUUGAAACACUCCAAAAUUGUUAUCAGCGACUUCCAGUUGGCAAAACUGGAAAAAGGAUUCAUCAAGGACCCGUGUGGGACUCCAGAAUAUCUUGCUCCUGAGGUGGUGGGAAGGCAGAAAUAUGGACGACCUGUGGACUGUUGGGCCAUCGGUGUCAUCAUGUAUAUACUUUUGUCUGGAAACCCACCUUUCUAUGACGAUGCCGAUGAAGAUGAUGAUCGUGAUAAGAAUCUUUUCCUAAAGAUUUUGUCAGGCGACUAUGAAUUUGAUUCCCCAUACUGGGAUGACAUUUCAGACUCUGCCAAAACUUUAGUGGCAUCUCUGAUGGAAGUGGACCAAGACCAGCGAUUGACAGCACAGGAAGCUAUUGCACAUGAAUGGAUUUCUGGAAAUGCUGCCUCAGACAAGAACAUCAAGGAUGGUGUGUGUGCACAAAUAGAAAAGAACUUCGCCAAAGCCAAAUGGAAGAAAGCUGUAAGAGUGACCACCCUGAUGAAGAGGCUUCGAGCGUCUGAGCCGGGCGAUCCUGGGGCCUCCGGUCUUGUUGAAGGAGCUGCAGCUGAGCCCAGCGGGGCUCCUGCUCCUGCAGCUGGGGGCAGCAAUCUCUUUGCUGCCAGCCUCAAGGCAGCUCUCAGCGAAAAGGCUCCUGAGACACAGACUGCCACCAUCACCGCAGUCUCCCUGCCCAGUGCAGGCAGACAGGAAGAGCAGCCACAGGCACCGUGCAAUGGUGAUGUUACCCAAGUGUUGCCAGAGAAAAAGGAAGACUAGGCGCCAAACAAAUAUGAGAGGAGGACCAACAAGCACAUGUGAAGUACAGCCAAUACAUUUGGCAUUAUUAUACCAGGUCUAUGUGGUUUGACUACCCCUUAGUUUGCAGAGUUAUUUCAUCACAUCAUGCAUUUAAUCAUGUUGCCUUCUGUAUUGAUUGGUCUAUUGAAUAGUGUUCGCUCCUCUCCUUUGUUUUUUGUGUACCAUGCAGUCCCUUUAAUAAAGCUAGUUGCAAAGUAGCUCUUAUGUUGUUUCCUUUCCCGUGAAAACUGUUAAAACAAAAUGUAAUUUAGUGGAAUCUGCUCAUCUUUAUUCCACAGCUCUUGUAUAUAGUUGUAUUUGUCACUUGCUGGUUAUCAGUUUCAGAACUUACAAUCCGGAGUUCAUUUCUUGUAACUUGAAAUUAUAAGUUGAAUGAUUUGUUUAAAAAUAUUUGGACAAAAUGCAUUGAUUUUAUUAAAAUACUAUGCUUUUCAGUAGGAUAUUUUAGGAGUUAAAGACAUUUAAUUAUUUUUAAAAAGGUACAAAAAACACAUGAGACACUGAUGACUACCCUAUGAAGUUAUGUAACCAUCCCAUACUAUGAUUAAUGUGUUUUCAACUUAACACCCUGAUAUCUGCUGGUUUACCUUUUUUGCUGUAAAAUUUCAGUCAACUUACAAUUUUAAUUAGCAAAAAAGCAUAUUUUAAGUUAAGUGCCUUAAUAUUUGUUGCAGUAAUGUACGUUAUGUUUCAACAGAAUCGACAUGAUAAUAAUUACUUACUGAUUUCUUUGAAAUGUUUUGGUGUUUCCCUUUGCCUUUCUGUUGAGUUUUAAGCUGCCGUAUUGAUACUUGUGUUCUGUCCUCUUUCACACACAGAAAAAACUAAAUGUAGGUUGUUGUAUGUGGAGUGAUGUUUUAGCUCAUUGUUGUGUUGUCAAUUGUAAUAAGUACAUUUCUGAGUUUAUAGCGGAGUCCAUGUACUGUGCCACUUUGUAUUUUUGCAAUGUAUGCAUGUGUAUUUUUUUAAUUUAUGUGUGUAUUUAGCAACAUUUAGCUGAGCUAACGGUUUGCUACACUGCUUGUGAAUUAAUAAAAUGAGCAAUACUGAUA